CACAAUAACAGACACGGCUUUAUGUUUUCAGUAGACUGUGGUUUGAAUUCGCUUCGACUUUGGUCCACGAUGUUUUACGCCACAUAUAGCCGAUGUUAUAGAUAUAUUUAACUCUAAAGAACGAUAGAAGAAUUUGAUCUGAUAUAUAACCCGUGAACAGCGCUGUGUUAACCAGUAUACCGGUAUCCAGGACAUUAAUUUGGGGUGGGCUCAAAAGAGUAACUCCGGCUGUCAACAGACUAUGAACGAAGCUGUGGUUAUCCUUCCUGAUCGAGCGACUUGCUCGUAUACUGCUAAUUAUUGUGAGGAGAAUAUCUGGAAGCUUUGUGAACACGUGAAAGAAAAUAAUCCAGAUCUCUUAGAGAAAUGUUUUUGUGUAUUUAUCUCAAACGACAAUAAGCAAAUUCCUCUUUGGAAACAGAAGGCAAACGAUAAUCCAAACCAACCUGUAGUGUGGGAUUACCACGUGAUUUUCGUAUACAUUGAUGCCAGCAGCGCUAGUGUCUAUGACCUUGAUACGACGUUGACAUUCCCGUGUGACUUCAAAACUUACAGCUCUGAGGCAAUUGGAAAUGAUCAUUCACUGAAGCAAUCUUACAGAAGGAAAUUUAGAGUGAUUGCCGGUAAGGAAUAUUUGAGAACAUUUGCGUCUGACAGAUCUCACAUGCGCAAGAGUGAUGGGACUUGGAUGAGUCCACCCCCGCAGUAUCCCUGUAUUCGGACUGACAUGAGCACAAACAACAUUGAUGACUUUAUUUCUAUGGAUGGAAGUAAAGGAUUUGGUAACGUCAUGGAUUACACAACUUUUAUCGAUUUUUUCACAAGACAUUAUUAAAGGUGGCAAUGCCAAUUGGACGAAGAUAUAUUAGCUCUGGUAAAGCACUCGCCUGAUGAGCGGUCAGCCUAGGAUCGAUCCCCGUCAGUGGGCUCAUUGGGCUAUUAUCCGUUUUAAGCCAAUGUACCACGACUGGUAUAUCAAAGGCAGUAGUAUGUGCUAUCCUGUUUUGUGGGAUGAUACAUAUAAAAUAUCCGUUGCUACUAAUAGAAAAAAUCUUCAGACGCCUAUGGUAAUGGACAUGGCAGUGUCCUGACCCCUUUGUAUAUGAUGUCACUUAUUGAUAUAGUGAUCUUGAGCGGGACACAAUCGUGAGUCGAACAACUCAACAUCUGUAUUUCUGUGAUUUUUACACUACAACUGUGAUUAAAUAAUAAAUAAAUCGUCAAAAUUA